CCAACCUCGUGUCGCGAAAACCUCCUCAACAUCGAAUAACACUCCACCCAUAACCAACGCGCAAAGCAACUCUCCAUACUCAUGCACCGAAUCCAGCCUCGUGGAGAGAAGAAAUGUGGACCCCCCAUUCCCUCUUCGAUCACCAUGACGUACCCUCCACCUCGUUACCCAUCCACCCAUCCAGCGUUCUGAUACAACACCCCUUCCCCCAUCCCAAGGUCCUAAUCAUAAUUCCCCCGAUCCCCCGAUCUACCAACAAACCCCGCAGAGAAAUUAACUCGCAAUGUCCUCCCUCACAAGCCAAGAAUCCAGCGAAACCCAGCCCCAGAACCCCAUAAACUCCGGCUCCACAGACAAAAAGUCUGACGCCCCGGCCAAAGGCACGAGUACCUCGUCCUCAGGAGGUGCGGGCGAGAAGGAGCUGGGGGGUGAGGAUUUCAAGAAGACGGGGGGUGGAAGUGCGCUUGAGGGCGUGGAGGAGAGCGUGCAGGAGAGGGGGGAGGCGGAGCGUGGGCGUGCUGUCUGA